AUGGCCAGCAGAAGACGCCAUCUCCACCGCCGCAGGUCCUUCAACGGCGGCAAACCGAUAGCCAUCCGAGUCGGUAGUCGUCGCUCUCCUCGCCGAUUCCACGAGAUCCAGGUCAGUGGCCCCAAGGACGCCGGCCGCUUCGCCCGAUUUGUCGAUGAGCAAGUCCACACCUACCCCCGCGAUCCCCUCAUCAUCGCCGUCAAUGGCUACCAACCCUGGCUAGAGGAGGUCUUCAACUCUUGCAUCCGCGACUCAUGGUCCGAGGUGUCCGAUCUCGACCGCGAAGUGCAAUUCGCAAAUUCGAUGCAGUUUCCGGAAAAGGCGAGUCAGACCGGCGACUUUGUCCCAUGGACCUUUAUUAUCGACAACAUGAACGUCCCGCAAGUCUACUACUGGAGCGUCGAUCUCGAGCCUCCUUCUCUCGACGACUACGGCCUCCCGUACAUUCAAAACUUCCGCUUCCGCCUGGGGGUGUGGCAAAUGGGCCAGGGCGCCUGCACCUUCGACCCGAAUGUCCCAGUCACAAUCAUCUUCACCCGUCCCACCGACGUCUGCGAGCAUGUCGUCACCGAGCUGCUCUUUCCCUUUCUCUACAAAGACCAAGACUUUGCGAAGCGUCGCAACAGUGACGAAGAGCAAAUCACGUGGAUCUUCCUCCGCCUCUAUUGGCUCCUCACCGACUGGCAAAACAUCGUCUUCGCCAUCAAGGCGCGCCUCAAAGAAGCCGACGAUAACAGCCACGGCCGAAAGCUGCCCGUGAAAAUGCGCGCUCGCACCAUGCACCACGAAGUCGACCGCAUCUACGAGCUGAAGGAAUACCUCCAAUUCCACCAAUCCUCCCUCACCAAGCUGCAAAAGCUCAAAUCCGACGCCCCCGAACAAGCGCAAGCCGCCCCGCUGUGGACCGACGUGGACGACGCCGUCGAGGACCUCAACCAAUACAGCAGCACCAUCGACGGCCUCAAAGAGCGC